GAUUGAGGCAAGGGCACCUGCGCCGCCGGAAGGAGCUCGUCGCUUCACGGCUCAGGGACCCGGGCUGGAGGGCAGGGGAUCAGCUAUGGAGCAACCUGAGCAGGACCCGACCUCAGACGACGUCAUGGACUCGUUCCUGGACAAGUUUCAGAGCCAGCCUUACCGUGGCGGCUUUCAUGAGGACCAGUGGGAGGAGGAAUUUGAAAAGGUCCCCCUAUUUAUGAAGAAAGCACCAUCAGAAAUUGACCCCAGGGAGAAUCCUGACUUGGCUUGUCUCCAGUCAAUUAUUUUUGAUGAAGAUCGUUCUCUAGAAGAACAGGCCAAGACCUAUAAAGAUGAGGGCAAUGAUUACUUUAAAGAAAAAGACUACAAGAAAGCUGUGAUUUCCUACACUGAAGGAUUAAAGAAGAAAUGUGCAGAUCCUGAUUUGAAUGCUGUCCUUUAUACCAACCGGGCAGCAGCACAAUACUAUCUGGGCAAUUUUCGUUCUGCUCUCAAUGAUGUGACAGCUGCCAGAAAGCUAAAACCCUGCCACCUCAAAGCAAUAAUAAGAGGUGCCUUAUGCCAUCUGGAACUGAAACACUUUGCUGAGGCCGUGAACUGGUGUGAUGAGGGACUGCAGAUAGAUGCCACAGAGAAGAAGCUUCUGGAAAUGAGGGCUAAAGCAGACAAGCUGAAGAGAACUGAACAGAGGGAUGUGAGGAAAGCCAGCUUGAAAGAAAAGAAGGAGAGGAAUCAGAAUGAGGCUUUACUCCAGGCCAUCAAGGCUAGGAAUAUCAGGCUCUCUGAAGGUGCCUGUGAGGAUGAAGAUUCAGCCUCAGAAGGUCUAGGUGAGCUUUUCCUGGAUGGACUCAGCUCUGAGAACCCCCAUGGAGCCAGGCUGAGUCUAGAUGACCAGGGCAGGCUGAGCUGGCCUGUGCUCUUUCUGUACCCAGAGUAUGCCCAGUCGGACUUCAUCUCUGCUUUUCAUGAGGACUCCAGGUUUAUUGAUCAUCUAAUGGUGAUGUUUGGUGAAACACCCUCUUGGGACCUAGAGCAAAAAUAUUGCCCUGAUAAUUUGGAGGUCUACUUUGAGGAUGAGGACAGGGCAGAACUGUACUGGGUGCCUGCCAAGAGCACCUUGCUGCAGGUUCUACAGCACCACAGCAGGUACUUUGUAAAAGCCCUGACACCAGCAUUUUUGGUCUGUGUAAGAUCCUCUCCUUUUUGCAAGAAUUAUCUCCGGGGGAGAAAGGUGCACCAGAUAAGAUGACUGAGUCAGGCCCCCUGGAUCUCCUCCCUCACCCUCCUCUGCUGGGAACCUAGCACAUCUGAAUCAGCUGGACAUACUGCUGGAGUCCAAUGCUUUAUUUCUGUCACCCUGGGGAUAGUCCUUCCAGCCUCUCUGGCUGGUCUUCGCUUUCUUCAGUUGAUGUAAAACUCCAUCUUGGCCAUGACAUCCUUGGACUCCAUCUCUAAAGGGACCAUCUGCUGCAGUUACCACAGCAGCCGACCUGAGUGACACCCUGGUCUGUGGAGAUGAAUUCAGGAUCCAGUGACAUGUUUCUGAACUUUUGUGGAGUUCGAUACCUUAGAGAGGCUACCCCUCAAACUGCACAUCUCCACACAAACUCACAGAGGGAAGCCAGGUAGGGUUGCUAUAGAUACCUUGAGGUGAAAUGGGGACAGAAAGCCACACCCUGCUCUGCAUUUAUAAAGACCAUGCAAACUGAGAUCCCUGGUACCCCUGAAAAGACUGCCAGUUUUCUUCAACUUUGCCAUAUGGAGGACUGUGACAUACUUGGACAGUGGCCUCUGAGUUCCUCUGCAGUUUUCACAUUUUAGGAUUUUAUGUCUUUUAAACUGGAAAAUCUUCUAG